AUGGGUUCUUUCUUGAACGGCAAAAGCGUCAAAGAAUGGCAAGUAGCUUUUGAUCAACUGAAAGAAAUCCCUCAGGGAAAGGUUCAUGAUAUAUUAAGGAUUGUUAUUGAUGGCUUAGGGCCCGCCAACGAAAGGACGAUCUUUCUCGACAUUGCAUGUUUUCUUAAUAGAUAUGACAAAAAAGAGAUCAUCAAGUCCCUAGAACAUUGUGGUAUCCAUGCCAAUAGUGGGAUUGAGAUUCUAAUUCAAAAGUCGCUCAUUUACAUCGAUGAAAAUAAUAAAAUAUUGAUGCAUGAUUUGCUUCAAGAAAUGGGUAGACAAAUCGUCAUUCAAGAGUGCGCUAAAAAUCCUAGCAAACAAAGCAGAAUAUGGCGUCAUGAGGAUGCUCUACAAGUGCUUAGGGGCAAAACGGGAACAGAUGCCAUUGAAGGAAUUAAACUGGACAAGGUUGAUGUAGAAGACUUGAUCUUGUAUGCAGACUCGUUCAGAAAGAUGAAGAAGCUCAGGCUGUUUAUGAUGGCUGAUUAUGUCCCUCACUGUGGACCGGCCGGACAUCUAUCGGAGGAGUUAAGGAGGCGUUUCGCAUGGAGCAGCGACAUUAUGUUCGCGUGGUGGCAGGCACUGUUGAGGCUAAUUUCCAGACUAGAAGCAGAUCUCAUCGAAUCCGUUGUGGAGAAAAUCUCAAGAAGACUGAGCUGCUCAUACACGAGCCUAUGUUUCCAUCCAGUUGGGUUAGAUUCUCAGGUACAAGCCUUGCUGUCCUUACUCAAAUUAGAGGUUCAGGACGUCCGAAUCCUGGGCAUUUGUGGCACCAGAGGGAUAGGUAAGAGUACACUGGUGAGGUCUCUAUACCACCAAAUUGCAGAUCAAUUUGAUCGGAGUUGCAUUCCUGCGAAUGGCAAGGAUAUAUCGAGUCUAGAUGGCCUCGUCAAAUUGCAGGAGACCCUUUUUGGUGACAUUCUCAGCGAUGGAGUUUCGGAGUUUGGCAACGAUAUUCAUGUAGUAAUAAACUUCACGAGGAGCAAGCGUCACAACAAGAGGGUUCUGUUGGUGAUCGAUGAUGUUGAAGGGUUGUGGGAGCCACUGAGCCACCUGAUCGAGGCAAUAAACUUAGGCUUGGGAAGCAGAGUUAUUUUGAUCCCACGACAUGAAGGAACCUUAACGGGUCUAUACGGGGAAAUCUAUAAGGGCUUCCUUUAG